AUGAAUGUUGUUCAAGUUCCUCCUAUAAGUGGAUGUAAGUUGUGCAACAGCAAAGUGGAACGAGAGAAAAGAUUGAUUACUGUCCAAGGACAAAUUUUGGCGAAGCUCGGUUUAAAGAUGCCCCCGGAUGAAAGUGAAACUGUUUGGAAUGUGAGUCGUCAGGUCUUGCAGACCUACAAAAGUGCGGUGAGGGAAAAAGACAAGCUUUUACUUGAAACGAAAAUUUGCCGUUCCCAGAUUGACACCGAAGAGUUUUUCGCGAAGAGAGUUGAGCGAAUUCUGCUGGAAAAAGAGGUCGCGCGAACGGCUGUAUCAAGUUCUAAAGACAGGAAUGUCAAAGAUAUAUACUGGCUGAGGUUUAAUACCAGUAGGCUGGUGAAGGAGAAAGUUAGCGUGUCUCUGGCAGAGCUGCGCGUUUAUCAGACACCAAACCAGCGACAUCCUGUGAGUGAUGUGCGAAUUGAUGUUUGUGAAAACACACGAAAAUACGACAAAAACAACAUACAUGGCUGCUCCACUGUGCUAAGCACAAAGUGGAGCGUGUCCACUGAAGAGAAAUGGAUCUCUUUCGAUGUGACCUCAGUGGUUCAGGGAUGGUUAGAUGAUUCAGAAACGAACCACGGAUUGACAGUGACUGUUACAAGUUCUUUACCUACGGGAAACGAUUGGCAUGUCUCUCCAAUUUAUCUGGGCGAUGUCGAUCCAGUGCUCAACAAUGCGGAAAGCGAAGACGACGAGCCAUGGCCGCAUAUUCUCGCCUGGUUUGUGCCUAAUGAACGAGUGCAGUCGACAAAAAGAAAAAGGCGAUCUCUUAAUUCGGAUUACUGCCGGAUACGACCAAAAGAGACUCGCUGCUGCCUUCGCUCGCUGUACGUGGACUUUCGAAAGGAUUUGCGGUGGAAUUGGAUACAUGCGCCUAAAGGUUUCUACCCAAACUACUGCGCAGGACAGUGUUCUUUUAUGUGGGGAGUUGAUAAAAAAAAUCAUCACACCUCCAUCAUGACUUUGUACAACAAGAUCAAGCCUAGCGCCCCAGGGGACCCCUGCUGUGUACCUAAGACUUAUGAGCCCCUGGUCAUUCUGUACUUCAAGGACGGUGAACCCAAAAUCGAGGAACUGUCCAAUAUGGUGGUCAAUGAGUGCAUAUGCCUCUAA